GAGGGCGGCGCCGAGCCGGCGUGCGUGGUGCAGUCGUGCGUGCGCUUGCUGAAGACGGACCGCCGGCGCCGGCUGCACCGGUUCCCCGGCUCGCCGGAGCGCGCUGCCCUCUGGCGGCAGCGGUGCUGCCUGCCGGCGGACGCACCCACCGACGCGCUCAGGGUCUGCAGUCUGCACUUCGCGGCGGACGACUACGCCCGGUUCGCCAAGAACGGCCUGGUGCGCCACCUGAGGCCCGACGCCGCGCCACACCUCAACAUGGAGAGCGGGGCGCUAGCGUCGCCGAACGACUCCCGCUCUGUGCGCGGCAUCAAACGGCCGAAGCGCUUUGACGACUUCCAGUGUCCGGACGGCACGCCGGUGCGAGCCGGCGUACUCGAGUCGGCCGCCAACCCGCUGGCCGGCUGCGAUGCGCAGACCGGCGUCACCACUCCCGGACCCCCCGUUGUCGCCGCUGGCGACAUGACCGAACUGGCCAACAAGCAACCGGCCGCGCUCAAGGCCAUCAUCCGGAUCCUGCGCGAGGAGAACCAGCAUCUGCGCGGCAUGCUGGAGACGGAGCGCGGCCGCGCCCAGCAGCUGGCUGCCGGCGUCGAGCGGCUGGUGCGCGGCUACCGGGACGGCACAUCACCCUGAGACCGGACGGCGUCCUGCUCCGACGGACCGCCGUCCUGAGACCGGACGGCGUCCUGCUCCGACGGACCGCCGUCCUGAGACCAGACGGCGUCCUGCUCCAACGGACCGCCGUCCUGAGACCGGACGGCGUCCCGCUCCGACGGACCGCCGUCCUGAGACCGGACGGCGUCCUGCUCCGACGGACCGCCGUCCUGAGACCGGACGGCGUCCUGCUGCAACGAACGGACCGCCGUCCUGAGACCGGACGGCGUCCCGCUCCGACUGACCCCCGUCCUGAGACCGGACGGCGUCCUGCUCCAACGGACCGCCGUCCUGAGACCGAUGGACUGCCGUCCUGGGUCGGACGGCGUCCUGCUCCGACGGACCGCCGUCCUGAGACCGGACGGCGUCCUGCUCCGACGGACCGCCGUCCUGAGACCGAUGGACUGCCGUGCUGGGCCGGACGGCGUCCUGCUCCGACGGACCGCCGUCCUGAGACCGAUGGGCUGCCGUCCUGGGUCGGACGGCGUCCGGCUCCGACGGACCGCCGUCCUGAGACCGAUGGGCUGCCGUCCUGGGUCGGACGGCGUCCUGCUCCGACGGACCGCCGUCCUGAGACCGAUGGACUGCCGUCCUGUGACCGGCCGGCGUCCUGCUUCGACGGACCGCUGUCCUGAUCCUGGGCCGGGCAGGAAGCAGAACGGCAGUCUGCCCGGCCCAGGACACAACAGAACGACGGUCUGCCGGGGCAAACAAGAUGUCGGGACCACUGCCGAACGGCCCGUCGCUCUGAACACAGGAACGCCCGUGACAGCAAUGCAGUCUUGACUGGGCUCGACUGGGCCAGGGAAC